ACGUUUUAAAUUGCAGCCGUUUGUUGCGCACAAACCGCCAGCCGAUAAGACAGGGUGAAAAGGGGGUAGAUGCGAGAGGGCAUGAUUACGCGAUUUCGGCCUUAUGACACCUGUUUCCUAGCUCCCGGGCACCAGGGUAACAGGAAAAUAAACUGUGCGAUACGUCUUUUAUUCAACCCGGGGAUCCCAUUGGCGAGGACGCCGCUGGGAGGGCGCGGUAUGAGAGGCAGUGCGCAGGCAGGGCGUUCAUAUCUCAAGGAGCUUUGGUCAAUGGUCCUGAAUUGGAGGGGCCGGGAUUUUGAACGAGGUGGGCGUGCUGCCCGUCUUGUAGCGGGUGGGGUUUAUUCUACUUCGUUGGAGCUCAGCAGAGCAGAGUUUUUUUGCUCGUAUUCCGGAGGCUGAGCUGCGUGCUACCGGCAGCGUUAGCGAACACAACUUGGAACUAGUUUCAUAAAUAGUUUUUAAAUAAAUAAAUAAAAACGCCGCGGAAACGCAACAGGUUAAGCGCGUUCUCGAGGAAUACAGAAACGCAACGGAGUACGGUCGGAUUACUAAAUUUGGGAAAGAGAAUCGAAUAAGGGGGAUGUCUUGUGGCACCUGAAACCUGUUUUCUUUUAAGAACUCAAUGUGCGGACGCACUUUGUACGACCCCGGCGCUUAAGGCUGAAGAAUUACUCUGAUUCCUCGGGUAGAUUUGGCUGACGGCAUGGGAGCACUUACCGGAGAUUUUUCUCGAAGAAAAAAUAAUCACAGAACACAUUUUUGAUCGUAAAAUCUAUUUUUUUGUGGAGUUGUUUGUCGGGGACAGUGAACACAUUUUUCCUUUGGCUAAGCUGUGGCGACUUCACCUGUCAUGUGGAAUAUACAAGGCACGGAGAAGGAAAAUGUUUGAAAAAGUUUUUACCCUUCAUAGUUGAUUUCUGAAAUACCGAAAAGGAAAUUAAUUUUUCUCCUGUUUAUUUUACAGAAUGGUGAAUUAUUUACACGUUAACCUCGGACGAGUCAGUAUGGCCGGCCCGGUGAAGCCGCCUCUGCGCGGCGUCGUCAGUUGGCUGCUGGUGCUGCUGCUCUCGCGGCUGCCGCGGCUCGCGCUCGCCGCCUCCAAGGACAUAGUGUGCGAGCCCAUCACCGUGCCCAUGUGCAAGGGCAUCGGCUACAACCUCACCUACAUGCCCAACCAGUUCAACCACGACACGCAGGACGAGGUGGGGCUGGAGGUGCACCAGUUCUGGCCGCUGGUGCGCAUACACUGCUCCCCGGACCUGCUCUUCUUCCUCUGCAGCAUGUACACCCCCAUCUGCCUGCCCGACUACAAGAAGCCGCUGCCCCCCUGCCGCUCGGUGUGCGAGCGGGCGAAGCGCGGCUGCUCGCCCCUCAUGAGCCAGUACGGGUUCGAGUGGCCCGAGCGCAUGAACUGCGAGCGGCUGCCGUUGCUGGGCAACACGGAGAACCUGUGCAUGGACCAGAACACCAGCGAGAGCACCACCCUCUCGCCCCUCUUCCAGAAGCCCACCCCGAAGGGCCCCUCGGUCCGCCACCGGCCCCCGUCCCCGUCGGGCUGCGUGCAGGAGUGCCGCUGCCGGGACCCCCUGGUGCCGGUCCAGGAGCCGUCCCACCCGCUGUACGGCCGGGUGCGGGCGGGCCCCCUGCCCAACUGCGCCCUGCCCUGCCACCAGCCCUACUUCUCGCCGGACGAGCGCGCCUUCACCGCCUUCUGGGUGGGGCUGUGGUCGGUGCUGUGCUUCGUCUCCACCCUCACCACCGUGGCCACCUUCCUCAUCGACAUGGAGCGCUUCCGGUACCCCGAGCGGCCCAUCAUCUUCCUGGCGGCGUGCUACCUCUUCGUGUCGCUGGGCUACAUCGUGCGGCUGGCGGCGGGGCACGAGCGGGUGGCGUGCGGCGCCGACGGCCGCCACGUCCUGUACGACGCCACGGGCCCCGCCCUCUGCACGCUGGUCUUCCUGCUGGUCUACUUCUUCGGCAUGGCCAGCUCCAUCUGGUGGGUGGUGCUGUCCUUCACCUGGUUCCUGGCCGCCGGCAUGAAGUGGGGCAACGAGGCCAUCGCCGGCUACUCGCAGUACUUCCACCUGGCCGCCUGGCUGGUGCCCAGCGUCAAGUCGGUGGCGGUGCUGGCGCUCAGCGCGGUGGACGGCGACCCCGUGGCGGGCAUCUGCUACGUGGGCAACCAGAGCCUGGAGAACCUGCGCGGCUUCGUGCUGGCGCCGCUGGUGGUCUACCUCUUCACCGGCUCGCUCUUCCUCCUGGCGGGCUUCGUCUCCCUCUUCCGCAUCCGCAGCGUGAUCAAGCAGGGCGGCACCAAGACGGACAAGCUGGAGAAGCUGAUGAUCCGCAUCGGGCUGUUCACCGUGCUCUACACGGUGCCCGCCACCGUGGUGGUGGCCUGCCUGGUGUACGAGCAGCACUACCGGCCCGGGUGGGAGAGGGCGCUGGCGUGCUCCUGCCCGUCCGAGCGGCAGCGGCUGGGGCCCGACUACGCCGUCUUCAUGCUGCGCUACUUCAUGUGCCUGGUGGUGGGCAUCACCUCCGGCGUCUGGAUCUGGUCGGGCAAGACGCUGGAGUCCUGGCGCAAGUUCGCCGCCCGCUGCUGCCCGUGCCGCGGACGCAAACCCGCGGCCGCAGCCGCCGCCGCCGCCGCCUCGGUCUACGGCGAGGCCAGCGCCGCCCUCACUGCCCGGGCGGGGACGGUCGGGACGGGGUCCUACCACAAACCCUCGCCCCCGUCGCAUGUUUGAGCGAACCCCCCCCUCCCCGGCAGUGCCCCCAUGAGGUCAGGACUGUCCCUCCAAUAGGGAAAGCACACACUGGUGACCUCUGACCUCUGACCCCUAACGACUCUUCUCAAACGGGAGGAGGGCGGGGAGGGUCUCUAAUUUAUUCCACAGGCUGUAAAUAUAAUGUUUAUAUCUGCCCCCUCCACCUGCCCCACUGAACCCCCCCCCCCCAGAGGCAGUUAUGUGGAGACCAAAACUGACUGAAGGAAAAAAAAAAAAAUGAGAAGAGAAAAGGGGGAAAGUGGACAAACUCAAACUGAUAUGAAUUACUUUUAACAAAAGAGAGAGAGAGAGAAUAUGGCCGAGUUCAUGUUUACUGUGGUACUUUUUUGAGUUUUUGCUGCUUUGGGUUGCAUCGCUUACUUCGAGAGUAGCUUCUAGAGUGAGACGGAACGUCAGGCGGAGGGAAGGAAGGAGGGCGGGGCUUCAGAAGCAGCCUCCCUGACUGACAGCUGCUGAGACACCUUGGGAAUGAGGUAAUGAUGUCAUCAAGUAACACUUCAGACUUACCUAACCCUGGGAUUUGAGGUUCAUUAUUUAUUUGCGUAUAGACUGGGGCCUAAGAGGCCCCAUAGAGAGCUUGGGUCACAGAGAUAAAAGGGUCUCAUCUCUGCAGCAGUUUCCCCAAAAACGUGUUCCCCCUACCCCCCCCUCACACCCUUGUUUUGGAUAAAGAUGGGAGCCCCAGGACCCUGGAGACAGAGCAGCCCCCCAAAGCCCUCCCCCCUGCAGUUAUCGGUCCCCCAGUGUCUCUAUCCUGUGGUAUUCCACCUGUUCCAUAUCCCAGGUAGACCAAAAACAGCCCUUUAGGGGUUAGAUGUGAUCUGUGACAACAUUACGUUUAUUUGAACCUUUUUUUUUUUUUUUUUUGCUUGCUGUGUCCGGUGAAUUAUCGUCCGAAAUCACAGAAAAGGUUGUGUGUGUGUGUGUGUGUGUGUGUGUGUGUGCGCGUGUGUGUGUGUGUGUACACACUGUUUGUCGUUACAUGUUCAGGACUACAAUGGUUGCUAAAAUCUAGAUUGUACUUCUGUAGUUGUGCAAAAAAUGUGCAGAACGGACAGGAUGGUGGGACUGGUGAUGUUAAGAAUACACUGAUGCUCUGUCCCAGAAUGCAUUGCAACCAGAACCAGAGGCAGGCGCAGGGAGUUUUCUAGAACCCCGGUGGGAAGUGCGAUCUCUGGAGCUUGCGUACGCAAAUGGAUCUGCUGUCUCUGAUUCCAAAACAGGUGUGUGUGUAUGUGCGUGUGUGUGUGUCUGAGAGAGACAGAGAGAGACAGAGAGAGAGAGAGAGAGAGUGAGCGUCAGAAUAAUAGUGUGAAUAAUUAGCAGCAGGGUCUUUUGGCUCUACUCCAGUUUUAAAGUAAUGGCCACAAGAAAGAAAACUGUACAGUGUAAAUACAAAAGAGUCCGUACUCACCUGCACUCUCCAGUAAUGACGUGCAUUCAGGCUAAAUUUUGAGCUUCUAAAUUAAAUUAGGUUUUGAUUGAUUGAAAAUGAGGUCUUUUUGAAGUGUUCGUCUUUAAUCAAGUCAUUGGUUCUCUGAUCCUGCGUGGCACUGGUACUGCUUCCUCCUGGCAUGUGCACCUAGUAUUCAGGAGAAGCAGUGUUCAGAACACAUCUGUCCCUGGCUUGGUGGCCUGGCUGUUGCAGACCCAAUCAAACUCCUAGAAAGUGCUUAAACCACCGGCUCUGUGAUCAUGUAACCAUGGUGAUUUCUCAUGGAGCACCCUGCCCUCUUGAGGCAGCUAGUUAUAAUUGCAGCCCCACCCUGCACCCGUCCUCAGAUGCUAAUUGCUUUGAGGCUUCAUGGCUUUUUGGUGGGUUUAAUACCAUUAGUGCUGGUCCCUGUGCCUAACCUCUUUACCUCCCAUUCACAACAGUUCACCUGUUAGUCUUCAAACUAGCUGUCACAAGAUGGAUCCCUUCGCAGCCAAGUUAAUGAACCAAUCCCUGCACUGCACUGUGGUCUCCUUAAAGAAGGCCUUGAUUGGUUGAGCUGUGACUCUGCGGUGCGGUACACACCGAACAUGGGGCCAUAAGGCCUGGACUUCAUCCCCAACCUGGGGGGGGGGGUGGCGUUUUGUGUUAACGGGGAUCUAAGUUCUGGACUUUGAUCCGAGAUCUUAACCGGUAGACUGAAACGCACGGAGGACAGUUUGAAGAUAAGGAUCCCAGCCUGAUUCAGAUGAAAGUCCAAGCCUGUGUUUUUUUUUUUUUUUUUUUAACUGUUGUGGAAAUUUCCUGUGCCUGUUCCACAACAACCACAUUUACAGGCUUGUGUUAAGUGUUCUGGAGAAGCUGUUAAUUGAAUGGCCAGGCUCUUUCAGAAGAGUGCAUUGUGGCACUCAGUAGUAUGGGGUCCGUGUGUGUCUGUCUGUGUGUGUGAUUUGCAGUGCAUCUCCAUUAGAAUGGAGUCGGUCAACUCUGGUUCUGAUGGGAUUACCCUGGGUGGAUACAGGUACCAGCUUUCACUGGCACCAAGGUCCAAUCCAGCAAGAGAGGCUUCAAGGGUCUGUUCACCCUCUUUGCGAGUGUGUGUGUGUGUGUGUGUGUGUAUGUAAGCGAGACUGUUAUACAUAGUAUGCAUUUAUUCGUAACCGUCCAUAACCACAACUUUGUACAACAGUGUAUAAAUAGAGCUUAAGUGGGUUUAAAGUCUUAUUUAUAAAAAGAUAUUGCCUGAGAGACAGCAGGGUGUGUGUGUGUGUGUGUGAGAGAGAGAGUGUGUGUGUGUGUCUGUUUAUUUCACUCAUGUAACACUUGUAUGGUGGUCUUUUGCAAAGAUGAUCUACUGGAAAUAGUCUGGACUGCAACCUUGUACGUAUUCUAUUUUUAAAAAAGAUUGUGUCGAUUUUUGUGAGAUUUUAAAAAGAGAUUGAGAUUUUAGAUAUUUAUGAUGCUGUAAUUUUCCUCUUAAUUUCUUUGACUCGUUUGCUUCUCUAACUCUGGUAGAGAAUAAAAUUGUGGGCCCGUCUGUGACCAAGUAUGUGUCUAAAAAAAACCCUGCAGUGUGAGUCUUCUGUCUAAAAAAAAAACCCUUCUGUUCAGCUUAUGUCUGUUUGCAUCCUUUUCAAGUAGGCCAGAGAUGUAAAACUUACUUUCACUGGUUUAACCGUCAAAUUUCUUUAUGUAGAACGUGGAGUUACACACAUUCUAUUUCCCAAUUUACACUGCAGUAAAUUAUUUACUGUGCAUGAAUAUGACCAUUAGAUGCGAUUCAUCAUCUCCGCAUUUGUAUAAAAACCCACAGCAGCAACGCAACAUUUUGACCAGGUAGGUGUGUGAAGGCAUUUCGGAUGGCAAAGC